AUGGCCCGGAAACUGAACUUUUCUUCUCCCGAAUUUGUGCGAAAUAUUUCAAUUCUUGCACAUGUAGACCACGGAAAGACUUCUCUGUCGGACUGCCUGUUGGCCACAAAUGGCUUCAUCACUGAGGCCUCUGCUGCCAAACUUCGCUUUUUGGACUCAAGACAAGAUGAACAAAAUCGCCAAAUUACAAUCAAAGCAAGUGUAGUUUCUUUGCUUUACCAAAGACGCCCACAGGGCCCCCUCAGAAGUCCCCAAACUUCCCAAAACCCCACAGCAGAUUCCCAACUCCCCCACGCUUCGGGGGCCCCUGGGGGGCCCCCUGGGGGGCCCCCUGGGGGGCCCCCAGGGGGGCCCUCAGGGGGGCCCCCAGGGGGGCCCCCGGGGGUGACCCCCGGGGGGCCCCCGGGAGUAACCCCCGGGGGGGCCCUCGGGGGGCCCUCGGGGGGGCCCCCAGGGGGGGGCCCACGGGGGGCCCCCGGGGGGGCCCCCAAGGAGCGCGGCAGGGGGGCCCCCACGAGCUCGCCGUAUAUGAUAAAUUUGAUAGACUGUCCUGGGCAUGUGGACUUUGCGUCGGAGGUUCACGCGGGCGUGCGGCUUUCGGACGGCUGUUUGCUGCUGGUGGAUUCUGUAGAAGGAAUUUAUCCUCAAACACUUUCUGCUUUGUCUUGUGCUUUGAAAGAAAACAUUUUGCCUCUUUUGAUCUUCACAAAAGUGGACAAACUGAUCAGCAAACUCCAGCUGUCGCCCAAGGAUGCCUACGCCAAAUUUCAAGACAUGCUGGAACAACUAAAUGCGCGUCUUCACCAGCAUAUUUGUGCAGAAGCUUUUCUUGCGGAAGGAGAGGCAGCAUUGCCCGUGGCAGCCUCGGGGGGCCGGCCGAGCAGCACAGCAGCAGCAGCAGCAGCAGCAGCAGCAAAGGUGCAGUUUCUGGGCCCCCUCGGGGACCCUUCAGGAGAAUUCGUUUAUUUCGAUGGAGACUCCGCAAAUAAACUCGAAUUCUCUCCCUCAAGAGGUAAUGUGUUGUUUGCGUCGGCUCUCCACGGCUGGUGCUUCUCCAUUCCAUCAUUCGUCAGCAAGACCCUUCUGUCUCAGCUGGGUCUGCCGGCUUCUUCUUUUUCGAAGCUCUGCAGCGCCUUGUGGGGCGACAAAUACAUUCGAAGACGCAAACCUAAGCAGCAAACAGCAAAUGAAGACGGGCCAGCUGCUGCUGCCCUCCCUGACAUCGAAGUCAGAUCCUCUCCCUUCACCUCUGGGCAGCAGCGCAUGGCGGAGCAGCUUUUGUUUGAGCCGAUUUGGAAACUUUACAAAGUUGCUGCUGGUGGAGCUUCAUCAGAAACGAAUUUCAAAGAGAAGACUCAGAGCAACCCAGAGGAGGACGACAGGCUGGCUCGUCUUUGCGGAAUGGCUCGGAAUCUGAGCUUAGAGGGAGUCGAAGAACUCGAAAAGGAACUUCGCCGCAUUUUGUCUGCAACGAGGCAGCAAAGAGCAGCUGAAAAAAGCAAAAUUAAAGAAGAAAUGGUCGGAGAUAUCGUGGCAGCCUUCAUGGCGCGGUGGCUGCCCAUAGGCGAAACCUUACUUGAAACAAUAGUUCUAAGAGUACCUAAUCCAGUGGCAGCGGCUUUUCAGCGCCUUCACCGCCUCUGCCCCUCUCUGGAUCUUUCCUGCAUGCAAAAGGCUUCUGGAAAGCCUCAUCAGGAGGUUUCUAGAGAAGAAAGUCUUCAGGGAAUUCCCCAGGGGGGUUCCCAGUGUACGACACGGGGAAGCCUCCCCGGGGGAACCCCCAAGGAAGACCUUUUGCUGGUUUAUGUGGCGAAGUUCUUGGCUGCGGACAUUUCAAGUUUACGACUAACGGGCGACACGCUACAGGGCCUCGAGGCAAUUACUGGUUUCGUUGGCCUUAGUCGGAUAUUUCUAGGCCGCCUAGAGUGCGGAAUGACUCUUUUCGUUUGUUCAGAAACACAAGACCCAAGGGGUGGUGUUCCCUCUCUGUCCUCCGCAGGGAGCUCUGGGGGAAACUCCUCGAGUGUUUCCGCGCAGCGCAAACUGAAUCAGCAGCAGUAUGUUGUAGAGGGAAUUUAUCUUCUAUUUGGCCAAGACCUCCGGCCCGUCAAGGAGGCCACAGCAGGCUCUGUAGUGGCGCUUUCUCUGGUGCCCGCGGGGGCCCCCAAAGAGGCAGCCUCGGGGGCCCCCCAGGGGGCCUUCAAAGAUGUUGUGAGGGAUGUGACCAGCUGGAUUCAGGGUUUGCGGGCAUCAGGAGGCUGCCUUAUGCAGACAGAAAACCCUUGUCGGUACACUGAUGAGUUGGAUAUACACCGCAGGGGUCCCCUAGCCAUGGAAGGAGCUCUCAGGUGCUCGACCCUUAGCAAUGACCCCUCUUGCCCUUCUCUUGUUUCCCCAUAUUCGAAGGCGUCGUCUGCAAUAGUGCGUGUUGCUGUUGAGUCGGAGAAUUUGGAGGACUCUCAGCAGUUUUUGUUGGGAGUGGCUCAGCUCUUUCUUGCAGACCCUUCUUUAGAAUUGUCAGUAUUGGACAGCGGAGAGUUGCUGCUGGGCUGCUGCGGCGAAGUCCACUUAGAAACGUCUUUGAAAGACUUAGAGGUGCUGUACGCCCGAGUGCCUAUAAGAGUUUCCCCUCCAAUGACAGCAAUAAGAGAAACUUUGGCAUUUCCAUCAGAAGCAGAGGGAGCUGACUCAGGGGCUCUUUCUUUAUCUUUUUCGCGCCGCGUACCUUUCCCGCCAUGGGUGCCUGUUUGGCGAGACGGGGGGGAUAGUGCAGCAGCAGCAGCAGCAGCAACAACAGCAUUGGCAGCGGAUGCAGCAGAAGCCGCAGAAGCAGCAGAUGCAUCUGCAGCAGGUGCUGCUGUGGCAGCAGAAGACAAAUUUGCUGCCUGGCUAAAAGCCCACCGCAGCAGCAAUUCCGUCUGCAUAGGAGGUACCCCGGACAGCCCCAUCACAAUUGUCUUGAAGGCGCAGCGCAUGCCAGAUAGGGUGACAGACUGGCUGACAGACAACACAACCGACAUUUUGCGAGUUUUGAAAAGUCGGAUUCCUUCAGCGCGUUUCCUUCGGGCUCAGGAUUCCCAAGAGAACCUGCAGGGGGCCCCAGAAGCCAGCGUGGCUGCUUUGGAGUCAUGUGCUGUUGAAAUUGAGGCGCAGUUAAACAGAAUCUGGACUGAAGAAGAUCAAGAGGAAAGGACUGCGGCCAAAGGGAGGGCUGGGGGGCCCCUUGAGGGGACCCCUGGUAGGCUGUGGGGCCUGACUUUAAGCGGGGGGGCCACCACGGCGCUUUUCUCAGCUAGUAAUAUGAGUGUUUUAUUCAAAGAAACAUCUCCAAUUGAUGGAGAUCAAGAGGUUUCAGCUGGAGGUCCUCAGAAGUGGCAGCAAGAGGCCCCGGCGGUGCAGCAGGGCGGCGAGGGGGUCCCACUGGGAUGGAUUUCCGCAGAGUGCGAGGGCGCUAUGACUCUUGGUGCUGCAAGAAACAUUUCAGGUUCUUUGUCUGCACAACUCAGUCGUUUGCUGCCGGCGGUCCUCUCUGGUUUUCAGUUGGGCUCACUUGCAGGGCCCCUUGCGGAAGAACCCAUUAGGGGUGUAGCCUUCACAGUUGAGGCCCUCGCAUUCGGGGAGGGCUUUUUGGGGGCCUCGCGGCGGGGUCCCCAGAACGCGCCUGCUGCUUCAGCAGCAGGAACAGCAGACCCAGCAGCAGCAGCUGCUGCUGCAUCUGUUGCAGCGGCAGCAGCGGCAGCUGACGAAGCCGCGAGUGUUUGUUCACGGGAGUCGAAAUUGACCGGCAAACAAACAACAACUGGUCCUUUGUCUGUCCAUUCUUAUGUCGGCUCAGGACAGGUGAGACUGAGGUCUAAGGCAUCAGGCCACGCCUCUCUACAGUUGCAGUUUUCCCACUGGGAAGUACUUCAAGAGGAGCCUUUCCCGGAGGCCUGCAUGACUGAGCAGGAACUCGAAGACGAAGGGGAAGCGGCUUUGUCUUCUUUGGCAACCCAGAUUCAUGCAAGAGCUAUCAUCAAUUCCAUCAGGAAAAGCAAAGGUCUUCCCACUGAAGAAAAGGUGGUCAAUGAUGCUGAAAAGCAGAGGACUCUAUCUCGAAAAAAAUGA